GGCGUGAUGACGUCAGACGUCAUGUGACGCAGAUGUCAGUCUCCCAGGCAGCAGCAGCAGAUGAGACCGUUUGGCGAAGAUGGCGGACUCGCUGUCGUCAGGUCUGGGAGAGGAGAAAGAGAAGGAGAAGGAGAAGGAGGAGGACAGCGAGCGGCAAGGAAAGACCGAACAGACGAGACAAACAGACAGGAGCAAGGAGAAGGACGGAGUCCCGGAGACGUUGAGGAUCAACGAUAAAAAUGGCGGCGGUAAAGGCAAGAAACGCAACCUGUCAGACCUGUCUCUGGUCAGAUUCAUAACUACUGAGCUCACCAGAGGCUACUUCCUGGAACACAAUGAGGCCAAAUACACAGAGCGCAGAGAGAGGGUCUACACCUGCCUCCGCAUCCCCAAGGAGCUUGAGAAGUUGAUGACAUUUGGCUUCUUCCUCUGUCUGGAUGCCUUUCUCUAUGUUUUCACCCUGUUGCCCCUCAGGGUGAUUCUGGCCCUUUUACGGCUCCUCACGUUGCCUUGCUGUGGUCUCAGUGGCUCUCGUCUGCUCCAGCCAGCCCAGGUGUGUGAUGUGCUAAAAGGGUUCAUUAUGGUGCUGUGUUACUCUAUGAUGAGCUACGUCGAUUACUCCAUGAUGUACCACCUGAUCAGAGGACAGUCUGUCAUCAAACUGUACAUCAUAUACAACAUGUUAGAGGUGGCGGACCGCCUGUUUUCAUCAUUUGGUCAGGACAUCCUGGACGCUCUGUACUGGACAGCCACAGAACCAAAGGAGAAGAAGAGAGCGCACAUAGGCGUGAUUCCUCACUUCCUCAUGGCUGUGCUCUACGUCUUUCUCCAUGCCAUCCUCAUUAUGGUUCAGGCCACUACUCUCAAUGUAGCCUUCAACUCCCACAACAAGUCCCUGCUCACCAUCAUGAUGUCAAACAAUUUUGUGGAGAUCAAAGGCAGCGUGUUCAAGAAGUUUGAGAAGAACAACCUUUUCCAGAUGUCAAACAGCGACAUAAAAGAGAGGUUCACCAACUACAUUCUCCUGCUCAUCGUCUGUCUGAGAAACAUGGAGCAGUUCUCAUGGAACCCCGACCACUUGUGGGUGCUGUUUCCUGACGUAGUCAUGGUGAUCGCCUCAGAGGUUGCCGUGGAUGUUGUCAAGCACGCUUUCAUCACCAAAUUCAAUGACAUCAGUGCUGAUGUAUACGGGGAAUACAGAGCCAGCCUUGCAUUUGACCUUGUCAGCAGUCGACAGAAAAACGCUUACACCGACUACAGUGACUCAGUAUCCAGAAGAAUGGGCUUCAUCCCUCUCCCUUUAGCUCUACUGUUGAUCAGAGUUGUGACCAGCUCAGUGAAGAUCCAGGGUUCACUCUCGUUUAUGUGCGUGCUGCUGUUUUAUCUGGGGAUGAUCACGCUGAAGGUGCUCAACAGCAUAGUUCUGCUGGGGACGUCUUGUGUGUUUGUCAAAGAGGCCAAUAUGGAGGAAAAGCUCUUCGACCCUCCGCCCUCAGUCGUCUCCAGCCGUGCAAACUCCAGAGCUCACCGCAACAAACACGUUCACACCACACCACAGCAAGAACCGACAGCCCAAAAAGGAGGAAUAUCACUGGCAUCAGACAAUCCUCAGCCUGCCAGCAUGGCAGAGACCUUUGUCCCUACGAUCCCGAAGAGCGACUCAGACACAUUCCUGACUACACCAGAUGAGGAGGACGAUGACAAAAUCAUCAAUGCCAACACAGGACUGGAAGGAGACGGACUCGAACACAGAACGCCCAAGAAAGAUUUGCUAGAAAUAGACCGCUUCACCAUCUGUGGCAACCGAAUAGACUGAAUGCCAUAUGAAACAACCAGUCAGUGUCCUGACAAAACAGUAAGGUUCAGGGAUCAGACACGGGUCAUGGAGCGUGCUCAGACCAGACAUAUUUUUGUGCACCUGACCCCUAGAAUAUUUAUUUAUUUAUUACUGACAAAACCAGCCAAGGCAUAAAGCUGUUACUACAAGCAUCAGAGGCCAGUCAGUGCCCCCAGGAACCAGGUCGAGUCUUAAGGACGGGUCUUGGUUGUGCAGCAACCUGCGGACAUGCUUGCUGAUGACAACGAUGGUGUGGGGUGGGGAACUAGCAUGCACAGCUGGAGCAUAGCACGAAGAGAGAAACAAAAUCUGCAUAUGUGAAAUUGUACAACGUCGGUCGCCGUGUGAUCACAGGAGCAUGACAAGCUGGACUGUGCGAGUAUGUGUUCAAAAGCACAAUAGUAUGUACAGCUCUGAGUUGUUUUUCAGAAAGAACAAAACUUGUCAAUUUUUUGUACAUUUUUUUUAAUUUCAGAAAGCCUGAAAAAUUCUAAGAUUUGAAAUGAAGUUUUUAUGAACAAUCUCUGACCUUUUUUUCUAAAAAAAUCGUCCGUAUCCAACCGCAGUCUGCAAGAUUCACAAACACAUGAACACAUUGUUGAAAUCUCUGUAGACGUGCACACCAACACAUCUAAAAAUCUUUGUGAGUGAGUUACUGCUAUUAGACAUGGCAAUAGUGACAUUAAGAGUCCUGCAAUGUCUUUACUCAACACUGUCAUGGCUUGGUCACAGCAGUGACUUUUCGACACAGAUAAAAGUUUUGAGGUUUUAGUAUUGUGCAUUUUGUGUUGAUAUUGUUGCUUUGAAGCACUGAGAUAAGAUUGUGCCUGUUUUUUAAAGGCACAGUUAUUUAUUUUGAAGUAGUCUCCAAGUCGGACAAGUUUGGAAGAUAUUUCAUCUUUAAGUGAUUUUUCUUUUUUCAAUAUGCUUCACAUGUAUCUUCAUCAUUCAAGCAUGUACCCUACAGAUAAUAGUGUCUUGGUGUAACACCGCUCUGUUCUAGGUCUCAUUUAAAUUCAUGGUGUGUGACACUGGCUUUCCAAUUCUUUACCAGUAAUUUGACAGAGAUAUUAAAAGUUAAGAUUACAUGUAUGCAAGUAAAAAGAUCUAGGAUAUCUGAAGGCUGAGAAACGAUAAGAACCAAGAAGGAUCAUAUCAGCACUGUGAUCACAUGAAAGCAGUGAACGCAGCUCUUUUCAUUUGCCAGAGGUCUGUUUGGUCUCAUGGCGCAGUUUGGCGUGGUUGGUUGCCGGCUUUGAUUAUAGCAACAAGCUCUUUCCAAAUACUUGUGUGUCUUUAGAUGCUGUGAAAGCUGGAGGCACUGUUUGACAAACAAAGUGGAUCAUAUAACUCGCGUCUGAAGUGCCAGGAAGUCGCAUGUCCUGGGCAAAAGCUAGGUCCAAUCUAGCCCCAGGUUUUGCCUCUCAUGCAUUAUUUUUGAGCCAAAGCGUUUGAUGUUUUUGAAAAAGAAAUACCCGGUGAUGUUUUAAAUGCACUUCUGAAAAUAUUUUCAGAAUCAUCAAAGACUCUUUUAACAGUUUAAAUGGAGAUUUUAACUAGCUUUCCAAGUUAAAACUCUAUUACUUUAAUACAAACGGAGCCAAAAAUAGCAUAUCUCCUGUCGCGGCUUUAUACUUUGUGAACCAGAAUUUUUGUUUUAUCAUUAGAUUAGAUGUAGAGUAUUUGCCUAUAUUAAUGUUUAUUUUAGGGUUUUAUACAGAAUAACAUGUUUAUAUUUUUCUCGUGUCAUGCAAGCAAAGUAAGGAGAAUUCAUUUCCAGCUACCAAGGAAGGUUUUAGAGUUGCAUCUUGGAAAAAAAGGUUAAAGAGUCUGAGUGUCAGAUGUGCACACUGUCCGUCACGUGUACUCACUUUAUUAACAGCGACUCAAUCCUCACAUGAUUAUCGGGUAUUUAUUGUUCAGAAAAAAAAAACAUGUUAAUCAGCUCUGAUUGAAAUGUAAUAGUAAUGCAUGAGAGGCACAAACAGGGGUAAAGUCCAACGUUACUAUAGGAGGAUGCAGUAGGAUAAAUAACUGCAGUUGUGUGAAUGAAGGAUUAAGAGUGUGGAUGCAUUGUGAGUGUGUGUGAGGAAGAGAUAAUUUGCAGUGCAUGGGACUCACUACCAAAAGACACAUGAAUCAGAUGUUUCAUUGUUUUUAUUUUUCAUGUACAACCCAUCUAUGUAAUACGUCUCCUACAUGGUAGAAGGAGAAUAAAAUAAGAUUUUUGUUUUGUAACCCUUA